AUGUAUGAGCAGCGACAACAACAGCAAAUGAUGAAUAGAGUAGAUAGAAGGAGGAAUAAAGGAGAGAGAACGAAGGUCACGGAGGAAGAAAGGCUUGAAAUUGUUGAUUUGAGUGGUAUGUCUUUGGAGACUCUAACCAAUCCUUCACUCAACUUAGCUAAUAUUUCCAAACUUUACCUCUUCAACAAUGAUCUCCAGAUGAUACCAGAAUCCUUAACAGCAAGAAUGCUAAAUUUGGUGGUUUUGGAUGUUCACUCAAAUCAGCUUAAAUCUCUCCCUAACUCAAUUGGGUGUUUAUCAAAGCUAAAAGUUCUUAAUGUUUCAGGCAACCAUAUUGAGUCCCUUCCUAGAACUAUUGAGAAUUGCAGAUCUCUAGAAGAAUUGAAUGCCAACUUCAACAAGCUGAGCAGGCUACCAGACACUAUUGGGUUUGAGCUUAUUAACCUCAAGAAGCUCUCAGUAAACUCAAACAAGCUUGUGUUUCUUCCUAUGUCAACCUCCCACCUCACUUCUUUGAAAACACUAGAUGCAAGGCUCAACAAUCUAAGGUCCCUUCCUGAAGACCUAGAGAACCUCAUCAAUCUAGAAGUCCUAAACGUAAGCCAAAACUUCCAAUACCUUGAAACCUUACCCUACUCCAUCGGCCUCCUCAUUUCUCUUGUGGAACUGGACGUGAGUUACAACAAGAUCACAACUUUGCCAGACUCCAUGGGGUGUCUAAGGAAGCUGCAGAAGCUGUGUGUUGAAGGGAACCCACUGAUUUCUCCUCCAAUGGAGGUGGUGGAGAGAGGGUUGGAUGUAGUUAAGGAGUAUUUGAGCGAGAAGAUGAAUGCAGGCCACAAGAGCCCAACAAAGAAAAAGUCAUGGGUUGGUAAGCUGGUCAAGUAUGGAACCUUCAAUGGCAGAAUUGGGUCCAAGAAAGACAGAGAAGGGUUCCAUUAUCACUCCUUCGAAGAAGGUCUUGCUUCUCCUGCAUACACUCGGAAAUCCCCUAAAUACACAGGGAAUCGUACCGUUGAAGGCCUUGCUUCUCCUAGAUUGCUAGGGAUGUUCUCACCCCGUCGUCUAUUCUCUUCAAAGAAUCUCUCUUAG